AUGCGCAACAAAAGGGGUCAAGAUCCCAAUCUCUACUGUGAAUUCCAUAAGGAUACGGGUCACCUCACCGACGACUGUUUCAGCCUGAAACAAGAAAUUGAAAGAGCCCUAAGGGAUGGAAAGCUCACUCACCUGGUCAAGGGCGGAAAGCGCGACUUCCGCCAAAUCCAGAGAAGAGACGAAGGGCCGGAUAACAAAAAACUCAGGAAGUUGGAGACCCACAUGGUGCAAGGGGGCCCACGAAGACCAAGGAAAAAUUACAACAAGCGUACACAAGAUGAUUCGUGGCGCGAAAAGCAAGUCAUCUUCCCAGUUGUUAGAGGAGGCCCAAGGGAAAAGCGACCAAUAGUCAUCCCAGGAGUGAUUGGUCAUUACCAGACAGACUACAUCUUCAUCGAUCCGGGGAGCACCGCGGACAUCAUUUACGAACAAUGCUUCAAUCAAUUUGACCAGGAGGACAAGGCGCGCUUGGAGCCAGUAGACUACCCACUAACUGGUUUCUGCAACGAGGCCGUUUUUCCCCUGGGACAGAUAUCAUUCCCGGUGUUACUCUCGGACGGGCGAAAUUCAAGAACAGAAGAAGUCACUUUCAUGGUGGUGCCUGCACACUCACGGCACGACAUUCUCCUAGGGAGAGAGUCACAAGGAGACUUCAGCAUGAUUUGCUCUGCACCACACUCGGCCAUCGGAUUCCCAACGGAAACAGGCAUCGCACUGAUAUACGCAAGUGGAAGGGAUGAUCCAUCUGUAAUGGGGAACAUUGUUAGAAAGACAGAAACAGGAGAAAAUGGAAUUGAAAACAACCGAGCAGCAAAUUAUGAAGCUUCUGUCAAACUGAUCUAG